UCUCUCCCGCCUCUGCACCCAGCCCGGCCCGGCCCGGCCCGGCGGAGCCGCUGCCCUCGGUGGGAGCUGUCGGCCGGCGAGGGAUCGACCCCUGCCCGCGCUUCGGCUUGCCUCUCGGUGCGAGGAUGCGUGGUACUCACCUCUUGAUGCAGUGAUUUUACAUUGGGACCUCGUUUGACCCCUAGCCCUCGGACGCCCGACUCGCCACCAUGAACUACCUUCGCCGCAGGCUGUCCGACAGCAACUUCAUGGCCAACCUGCAGAACGGCUACAUGACGGACAUGCAGAGGCCGGAGCCCCCGCCGGCCCCGCCCCCGGCCCCGCAGGCCCCGCCCUCGGCGGCCGGCGGCUUCUUCUCCUCCAUCUCGAACGCCGUGAAGCAGACGACGGCGGCGCUCAGCGACCAGGUCAGCGGCGGCAGCGGCGGAGGCCGGGCCCGGACCCUGCUGGUCAUCGAUGGCUCCCACACCGACUGGUCCAAGGUGUUCAAGGGCAGGAAGGUCCAGGGAGAGUUCGACAUCCGAGUGGAACAGGCAGAGUUCUCUGAGCUUAACGUUGUGUCGCACGCCACGGGCAGUUUCACCGUGGACGUGGAUGCGUUUCGGAACGGAGUGAGGGUGACCAGGUCCUUCACACCGGAGUUUGUCCUGGUGAGGCAGCACGCCUACAGCAUGGCCAAGGGCGGAGACUUCCGGAACAUCGUCAUCGGCCUGCAGUAUGCCGGCGUGCCCAGCCUCAACUCCCUGCACUCCGUCUACAACUUCUGUGACAAGCCCUGGGUGUUUGGACAGCUGACCAGGAUCUUCAAGAAACUGGGGCCUGAGGAGUUUCCCCUGAUCAACCAGGUCUUCUACCCGAAUCACAAAGAGAUGCUGACAACAGCAAAGUUUCCGGUGGUCGUGAAGAUGGGCCACGCGUACUCUGGGAUGGGGAAGGUAAGGAUUGUUUCAGCUGGCGUCACACGUGGCGGGGUGGGCAUCCAAACUGACUUCCUUACCGCCCGCAGGGGGGAGGACGCCCGCGGUUUCCGGAGCUCGCUCGUUCCCUCCCGAGCGAUCGCUGGGACACGCCCCAGGUCCACAAGGCUGGCGUACUCGCCCUCCUUCCCUCUCCCUCUCUCUCCCCCCAUUCCCCUUCCUGGUCAGGUGUCUCCUGUUGGAGUUGAACUCUGGGAAGGGCGGGGAACGAGGUUGGGUCUGGGCGAGGGUUGGCUGGGAGAGGGAGGAGGCGGGACCGUUUUUGGGACCGGGACCCACACUGAUGUCCUUUGCCCCUCCUCCAGGAGGACUUCCAUCUCGGGAAACUGGAAGACCAACACUGGGUCCGCCAUGCUGGAACAGGUGGCCAUGACAGACAGGUACAAACACUGGGCCGACAGAUGUUCCGAGAUGUUCGGUGGACUCGAUAUCUGUGCUGUGGAGGUGCUUCAUGGGAAAGAUGGUCGCGAUUACAUCAUUGAGGUGACGGACUGCGCCCUGCCGCUGAUCGGCGAGCACCAGGAGGAAGACAAACAGCUCAUCGCGGACCUGGUGGUGACCAGGAUGUCCCAAGUGCUGCCCCGCCCGUCCGUCCCGUCUCCGGUCCGAUCCUCAGUGGGGCAGCAACAGCAGGUCCAGCAGACAGGCCCGGCGCCCUCUGUCUCCAUGGCGACACGCCAGAACCCAGGACUCCACCAGGGAUCCCUCCCGCAGCAGAGACCCCCUCCGCAAGGUGGACCCCAGCAGCCUCUGCCCCAGCAGUCCCAACGCCCGGGGCCGCCAUCCCACCAGCGGCCUCCCCCGCAGGGCCAGCCAAUCGCGGGCCUGAGCCCACAGGGCUCGUCUGGCCCACCCCUUUCGCCACAGCAGUCCAGGUCGGCCAGCCCCACCGCUCAACGCCAGCUCAGCCCCCUGGGCCAGCACGGCCCACAGCAGCCUCCCCCUCCCGCGGCGCCAGGUGUCAGGGGAGGUGGCGGUCCGGCCCAGCAGCCCCGGACCCCGGGUUCAGCCGCGGCCCAGCAGCCCCGGACCCCGGGUUCAGCCCCGGCCCAGCAGCCCCGGACCCCGGGUUCAGCCCCGGCCCAGCAGCCCCGGACUCCAGGAUCUGCCUCGGCCCAGCAGCCCCGCCAGGCCUCGCCCCAACGCCCCCUUGCUUCAGGACCCCAGGCCAGGCCCGGGCCAGGGCAGGGAGCUUCCCCUCGCCAGGCUGGGCCCAGGGGAGGGUCUGCGGGAGGCCCAUUGGCUGGGCGGCCUGCCCCUACCACCCAGCAGCCGCGUCCAGCUGCCCAGGGGGGACAGGGACAGCACCACCAGCCACACCAGCAGCCUCACCAGCAGCCGCACCAGCAGACCAGACCUGGAGGCCAGCAGAAGGCCCCACCACCCCAGCAGGAGGCCGGCGCACCCCAUCCUCACAUGAACAAAUCCAAAUCUCUGACAAAUACCUUCAACAUUCCAGAAUCAUUGGCUCCUCGUUCAACCCCUAGUCAGGAUGAAGUGAAGGCUGAGUCCAUCCGCAGUUUGAGGAAAUCUUUCGCCAGUCUCUUCUCUGAAUGAGGGGCUCGUC